UGCCGUGUCCGCCGUACGACGAACGAGCAACUGUUUAUGUAAACUUUCUGUCAAGUGCAUUGUGUUUCAAAAUAGUUAACAACGAGUAAAAUAACAAUUGACGUUCCACUUUCGCAAUUAAAACUAUUGUAUCGUGCAACUUCCUACGUAUCGCGGACUUUUAGAUAACACAGUUUACAAUCAUUCCAUGAUUAAAACUGUGAGUGCCUUGAACCGUGUUUUGAAAAAAAAAACAAGCAGUUGUUUUUGAUUCGUUUUUUAAAUUCAAAAACAAAAUGGGUGAAAAAUUUGUGUUAGUCUAAAAAGGGUCGAAUAAAAGCGUCGUGUGUUAAAUUAGUGGUAACAAAAAUGUAUUAUGCCGUAUCGAAAUGAUAUCUGCAAAGAACAGGGUGCAAGAAAUAAAGAGUAAAUUCGAAAAUUUGAACAGUGAAAAUAUACCGAAGAGGGCUGAGUUGCAGUUGUGUAAACAGAAAAGCGUAUUUGUAUCGAACUAUGGGAAGGAAAACAAUGAAAACAUCGAUUAUGAACUAUCGUUUAAUAAGGACAAUAUCGAGAAUGAAUCAGAGAGUAGUGACGAAUGGACGCCUAAACCUAAUUCCAGUUACUUAUAUAGUAAAAACGAAGUGAGGCGGAGUGCCAGUGAAACUAAGAACUCUUUAUCUCGGCAGACUAGUGAUCCUGGGAAGAAGCUGCAUAGGAGCCAUGCUUUCCGGUGCGACAGGAGCCAGAAAAUAGCCAACAGUCCCAAGCGACACGACAGUUGCAACGGUAGGUCAGAAACCAGUGAUUUUUCUCUCAGAAUGGAAAGAAAACUGAGCAAAGACAGGCUGAAGAGGCUUGGGAACUUCUUGGAGGAUCAAAUGAGAAAGGAGAACUUUGUGCCUCAAAGUCAAAGCCCGUUUGUGCCUCAGUCCGAAUUUGUGGAAAUUGUCGGCCAAGUGCGAGAGGUAGAUGGGCAGUUUGACUCUAUUCCUGAUUCUGAAGUCCCUCAACAUAUUUUAGACCAGUAUGCAACUAUAGUGAAACCUAAAAGAAAGGAGAAUGAGAAACAGGAGGCCAUGACUGACAGUGGAGUCAGUUCCGAGACUGAAAACGUUGAGGAAGACAAAAAUGGCAGAAUCAAACGGCUCAUGUCACAAUUCGAGAAGUCUCCGGAAAAAACUCAUUUAACAAAUCUUCAGGCUAUGGACCAGUUCUGUGAUUCCAGUGAAACAAUACGCCUGGAGCGUAAAAAUCCACAUUUAAAAUUAACAGACACACUAAAAAAAGCUUUGAAACAACCGUUGCCUGCCGGUCCUCCGCCUGCAAAGCCUCCAAGAAUCUUCAAAGCGCCAACAAUACCUGAAAACACAGAACAACAAAAGAAAGAAGCGAAAAGAAUGUUAGAAAAGCUCGAAAAAGUCUUACAAAAGCGCGAAGGGACUGUAGACACACCAAAAAAGCCGAAAGAAAUACACUACUUAUGUACUGAAAUCUUAGACAUAACCAACCGUACUUUACUGCCAAACCAGACCUCGGACCCGAUAUCUCGUUGCAUAAAUUCUCUCAACUGUGCCAUUACAAACAACUCGACGUCCAGUCUUCCUUACACAAGGCUAAAAUCGGACGAAGAGAAGCCUUGCGGUGCGUGCAAAAAUGAGAACGCAGAGCCGCAACCCGACGUGUGUUGUAAGUGUAAAAAUAAUGAGGACAAGGAUGGUUUUAAAUGCCAUUUACAGUGCGAGUGUGGAGUGAAAACUUCUACGUUUUACGUGGAAAAUGCGGAACAUAUAUACGAUGUGCCGUGUGACGAUGAUAAGCCUGUGCGUGUGAAUCCGUAUGGAACGUUAAAUGUGGUGACGAGUAAGAGCUUAGAGGAUUUGCGGACCAAGACUGAUGAGGACCCGAAAAUCUAUGACAUCCCAUACGAGCCAAGAGCACCAACACCAGAAAUACAGCUAUCAACCCCACACACUCCCACUUCAUCACCAAACACCCCCAAUUUAUCUCCGAACACCCCCAAUUUAUCCCCACACACCCCCACUCCAUCUCCACAGACACUCAUUUUACCCCCACACACCCCUAAUUUAUCCCCAAACACCCCUACUUUACCCCUACACACCCCCACUCCAUCCCCACAGACGCCCAUUUUACCCCCACAGACCCCUACUAUAUCCCCCGAGACUCCACUAUUAACCACAGAAACAGAAAUGGCCAACAAGACCGAAUUCGAAAAGCUACGCCAGAAUUUCGAAACCGGCUUCACAAACCCCGAACAGAAAAAACCAGUGCCAAUAAAACCGAAACCCAUAUUGAUUUCCAAGUUAAAAAACGCGAAAUCUAUAGAGAAUUUGAAUGGGGACUACGUGAGGAAUCCGGGGAAAUAUCAUACGGAUCAGAAAAGGUUACGGCCAAAGAAGAAUGAGACUGCUAUUAGUUUUACAUUGCCCAAAAGGGAUACCCAAUUGGAUUUGGAUAGAGAAAAUCUAAACGAUCUAAUGAACGAGCUGUUCGAGACGGUGACUGCGGUUUGCAACAUGGAAGAUAACAAGCCAGGCAGUUUCCCCACGGAACACUCAGAUGGCAGCACCAGCGAAGAAUCAGUAAAACUCACAAGAAGUCUAACCGAAAAACGAAAAAACUACGUCAGAAGGGUCUCAACUAGAGUCGCGUACUUAGACCCGAAGAACAUCAAACGGUUCAGACAUCAGACCUCCGUUUGUUCUUACAAAUCCGAAGUCAUUGACAAUCCAUACUCCACGUUCAGGUCCUGGAAGAGUUUCCGAACAUCCCAAGGGAAUAUUGCAAAAAUGGAUACAGGGUCCAAAUUUAAUCUUACUGACUCCCACGGGAACGUUCUCUCAAUGAAAGAUGUGCUUGAUGCAAGCACGGAUAGUAUUGAUAACAUGAGUAUUGAUGAGAAAGCUGGGUGUAUCGAUCUUCCCUUUGAGCCGAGAGAAAGGGGGCUGUUUAAUUUGUGUCUGCUGGUUGGUUUGAAUCAUAUGACUGGACAGGCUUAUGUGAAAAGUGUGUUUCCUAGUCAGGUGAAAGUCCCCCCUCACAUAGAGAACCUGGUGUUCCCUGAGACGAUGAGCUCGUCUCCUCGCAGCGAGUGGUCGGUGGACGCCAAGAGUCUGCAGUGCUACUCCCUCGUCCUCACCGACGAGAGGGGUGAGAGGGCUUAUGGAUACUGCCGUCGAGUGCUACCAGAGGGCGCUACGACGUGUCUGCCACUCUGUUACUGCCUCAUAGGCAGGUACAGAGCUCCUGGGUUUUAUUAUAAGGUCCUUGAAGAAAUUGAAUCCCACCACGGAAGCUCAGACGUAGAAAUCCACUCCCUUCUUCAACAACUCUUCGAAACCGACUUCCCGAACCCCGGCGAAGAAAUUACCGUUCACUACUCUAAAAACCACGAUUAUGACUCCCCAAGUAAUGACUAUGAACCUACUGGGGAUUAUUGCAUGCCUCUCAGUGAUUAUAAUAAUGUUUCACCGAAGAGUAAAACGUUGCCUGAUAUGAGGAGGGAGGAUAAGAGUGUGAGUGAAGGGGUCAUACCGGAUUAUUAUGACUUGGAAAAUAAUAAUGGGGUUAAGAAUGUUACUGUUAAUUUGGUACCUAGGCAAAAAAUAAUCAAACGUCCAAUAGAACCUCGAGUGGAUGAGGACAAUCUAUCAGUGUUACUAGACCUACUGGGCGCUGGACUGGUGAUUAAAGUAUUCGGUUCACUACUGCUGGAGAGGAAGGUCAUCAUCAUCGGUGAUAAACUGGGAUCAGUAUCAUCAUGCGUAGAAGCUCUCCAAAGUUCUUUGUACCCCUUCGUGUGGCAACAACCUCUCAUCUCCAUGAUACCACGAGAGAUACAACGAGAAGUACUAGACGCCCCGCUACCCAUCCUCGCGGGCAUGCUGCACCCGCCCCACGAGCCGCCACACCAGCCCAGAGGGGAGGAAGAGGGCAUGCUAAUAGACCUGACCCACCCCUCAAAGGUCCUCUUCUACCAAGGAGACGAGUCCACAAUACUCCCCACUUCCUGCUACAAAACCCUGAAGAAUGCUCUUCAAAUGGAAACCAGCAAGAACAAAGACAGGUCUGAAGACACGAAGACCAGGAAUGUGAUGAUCUCUGAAGCUUUUCUGAGGUUCUUUGUCGAUAUUCUGGGGGACUUCUGGAAGUUUUUCACCGUGGGGGAAGUGAAGGAUGGGGAAUUGGGAAAGGGGGGUGUGCUUUUUGAUAAAGAAGCCUUCAUCAAAAACGCGUCAUCAAAACAGAACCAAUACUUCCUCGAAUGGUUUACAGAAACAGCAAUGUUCACACAUUUCAUACAAAACAUGGCCGCCAGCUAUCACCAUCACCAAUCACCGGAAACGCCACAAUCACCACCGGAACUGGUCGACACACCUCUACCCAACUUCUACGAAUUAUUCGAAGAAAGGGUACGUAGUAGAAGUAAGACUGCUAACCGAAAUGUCGAUAGCUCUAAAAAUAAUUAUAAAAAUGCUGUUAAUAAGAAGGUUAGGUAUUUAAAGAGUAAGUUGAGGGAUCUUGUUGCGUAAAUUGGAAUGGUUUUGGUUGAAAAUGACGUUUGGUCGUCGACUGGUAAUGACGUUUGAUCCUUAUUGACGUUUGGUCUCUGACUGGUAAUGACGUUUGGUCUCUGACUCGUGAUGACGUUUGACGUUAAUUUGGUUUUUGGGGUUAGAGUUGAUUGAUGACGGUGGUGAGAUUUUAAGAACACAAAUAUAGAAAGUAGAAUUCAUUAAAUCGAUGGAUAAUGUUUUCAUGACAACACUAAUUAAAAAUAAAGCAUUUAAAGUGGAUUCUACUGUUCAAUUGUUAAUUGAUUCUUAAUUUUGAUCCACUUUGAACCAAUUUAUUAAGUUCAAACCGUCAUUGACUGACUAGCGUCACAUUGACGGAAAAGGAACGUCAGAUUAGUGUGAACCAGACAUCGUCGUCAUUUGGCCAGAUUUUGACGUCAAAAUUAAGACUGGUCGAGUAUAGUUUUACGUCAAUGUGACGUCAAAAUGACGUUCAGGAGUUGAAAGUCUAAAAUAGCAUGAGAUAUAAUUAGUUAUGGAGUUGCUUCGGUAUUUGUUACUCGAAAUCAAAACUAAAUAACUAUGUAAUUAUGAGUGUGACUGACAAGAGGCGACGUAACAAGAUCUCUCUUUUAGUGUUAUUGUUAAUAAAACAAUAAUUUAAUGUUGCAAAAUGUUCAUUUAUAGAUGCACUUAAUGUUAUUCAGGGAAACGUGUAUUGUAAGUGUAACUUUUAACACGUAAGCCAUCUCAUAAUGUUUGGUUAAACAGUGGAUUUCUAUAACGUAUCUAUCCAUUAUCUUAUUAUUGGUGCAUUUAUGUUCAAUUUUAGAAAUGCAUUUCUGGUAGUAUGUCAUCUAUCCGUUAAUAACAGUGGCUUUUACAUUCAUUUGUUUAGCUAACUCUAACAAGAGCCUUGAAUCCCAAAAGUGGGAGUUAGCAUUUUAUAGACUGAGCGUCCCAGACCUUACAUAUUACACCCGUUGUAUGCCGGUGCGCAGAUAUACACAAGACACAAUUGAUUUUCUAUUGUUCUAUAAUCAGCGGCAUACAAGCGGUUAGAUCCAGUCAAAAAUUAUGAAGAAACCAGCUAAAUUCAGAAUUGCAAAGUUAUUUGGUGAAGGCCCAUUUUCACCGACAACCUAAACGUCAGUUUUACUUAAAAUAACUGUAUGAAAAUGUAACUUCAUAGAAGACAGUUUUUUUUUUAAGAAAACUGACGUUUAUGUUGUCGGUGAACUAGAACCAAAAUAAUACAUAUUAAAAAAUACCAUAGAAACAUAAAAAAAAUGUCUAUGAGUGAUAUUGAAAAAAAAAAACGAAUUCACUAUUUAUUAUUUCAUUAAGUUACUAUGUUUCUGUUAAUGUUAAAACCCAGUGUUUUAGGUUAUUUUAAUUCCCCACCCUAUACAAAAAUACAGUCAUAUUAUAGUUGUAUGAAAGUUUUUUACAAUCUCAGUGAUAUAUUUUCAUCUAUACUAAUAUAAUGAAGAAGAAAUACAUGUGUUUGUACCCGUAGUAUUAUAUACUAGCCGUUUUCCCUCGGUUUCGACCGCGUCCCGUGGGAACUACUGCCCGUACCGGGAUAAAAUAUAGCCUAUGUUACUCGAGAAGAGAGUGGCUUUCCAACAGUGAAAGAAUUUGUGCUAAUCAGUAGUUUCGAAGCCUUUAGGGUACAAACGAAAAAUGUUUUCUUUUUAUCAUAUUAGUUAGCGUUGUUUUCCUCCUACGACUAUAAUAUGAUUAUAUUUUAUAAUAAUCUUAAUAUUAAGUAGUUACUAUGUAAUCUCAUAUUAUUUAAGUUAAAAAAAAAACUGUAAAUAUUACUUAACUUAAAUUGUAUACGAAAAGGCUAUGUAUAUACCUGCAUUAUAAAUAGUUUUAAAUAACUAAUUAUUAUGAUAUGAGAAUGUAAAAGUUUUGUGAUAUUUCGGCUGAACUGAUUUAAGUGAAAUUUGAAAAGGAUAUAUACGUUUAUAGUCGCGGCAAUCGCAGCUUAAUUUUAAUUUAAAUUACCUAAAAAGCUUAUAGUUAAAUCUGGUAUAGUUCUCGUCAAAGUUUUGGACGUUAAAUGUAUGAAAAAGUGUCAUGAAUUUAGUUGCAAAACGCCAUUGAGUUUUGCGAGAGCUAUAAAAACAUGAAAAAAUAGAUACACAAAGUAAAAAAAUACUUAGAAAGCUUUUUGAAAAAAAAAAUAUCACUCUUUUAAAAUCUCUAAAAGAUCUUAACUCUAUAUCAAAAUACAUAACAUUCUAUAGGAUAAAACCCAGUUAAUAAUUUUGUAAAUAAACUUAUAAAUAAGUUAUUGUCGUUAUUUUAGAUUUUGUUUUAGUAAAAAUAAACAAAAAAUCUUACAUAGUUUGUAUUAUUACAUGCACUUCAUUUUUUUAAUAAAAAAUAAUCUCGUGUAUGCCCAUUAAAAUAACUGAAUUUGUGUAUUUUCAAUAAAAAAAAUCUUAGAUUUCAGAAACUAGAGAAGUUACUCGUAGUAUAGUCAUCAUUCAGACAGUAUAAGUUAUUUUGAACCUAUUGUCUACUAAUAUAGGCUUUAUAAUUAAAUAAAAACUCCAAACUAAUCUAUUUAUUUCAAUUCAUUUUACAUUUUGAAAUCAAGUCUCUCUUUUUCCACACUGCCUGUGUAUCAUAUACACUGAAAAUUUCCUAAAAUAUUAGAACCAAAGUUGGCAAAGUCGUCCUGUUUCAAUUGAAAAAAUCGGGGCGUCACGGGUCUGAAUAAGUCACCGGGAUCGGAAUAGGUCGCCAAGUUAAUAAAUAGGGCGCUGGGAAGUGAAUAUGGGGACAGGCUAUGACCAGGUUGCCGGAAUGUGAACCAGUCACUGACAUUAUUGUAGAACACUACUUAAACUUUGUGAUUUUACUUGUCUGUAAUUCGCAAUGAAAUAAAUAUCUCAUUAGAAAUUAUAUGCGUUAUAAUAUAAAUAAAAAAACCAUGUGUUGUCAUUACAUUCCUUUAAACUAUUGUAUUGAAGUCUAAAUUAUUUUUAUUCUCGACUGUUUUUUUAAUACUUUGUAAAUAGGUUUUUUUAUUGCUAAGAAAUCAGACCAGUGGUUUAUUAUAACUUUUCCUACUGUAAUAGUAAGCUAGCCAUUUUUUCUCAAAACUAAUAUCUAAAAUAAAAAGUUUUAUUUUAUCAAGUAAAUAGAUGGAUAAUUAUCUAAAACUAUUUUCUAUACAGUAAAACAAUAUAUUACUCAUUUUUGAAUUCUUAGAAUCUUUACAUUCUUAAUUCUGGUUUUAAUGUCUAAACUUUUGAGUCUAUUCAUCACAAAUAUUUUGCCAUUUAUUUGUGUGUAAAAAAAAAUCCAAAAAUUUACUAAACCACUUAGUUAAAAUAUAGUUUGAACAAUAACAGCCUUACUACAAAAACUUAAACAUCUGUUGAACACUUGUCUAAAAAAAAGUGUGGCUGCAAAACAGACCUAAUUUCAACGUCAUUUUUUUGACAAAGGUUCAUUUUUUUAGGUAAAGAUUUAAAGUAAAUGUUUCAAAAUGUAUGCUAAAAAAUAGGAAAAAAUAUUGUAACACAUAGUCAUAACCUCAGACGGUAAAAUUAUUUGAUAUGUGUUUUAUGUUCUCAGUUCAUGUGAUUUUAACUUUUUUUUACUUUUAAAAACCCUGGAAAUGACAUCAAGCAAUGAAGUAUGAUAAUAAUCAUAGUUUUUUUAAGUUAAAAUGUGCCUUGAUAUCGUUAUUUAAGCGUGUAUUUGUUUUUUUUUUAUUAUUAUUUAAAAUAUAACUUUGUUAUUUUUAGCAAUAAACUGUAUAAUACUGAUUUUA